CUUUUCGGCAAAACCAGGAAGUUUAGUUAAGCGUGUUAAAGGAUUUUUUUAAAGACAAUACUAACCUACAGUACAGGAAUACAUUUUCCACCGUGCUUGUGAGAAUAGAUACUGUCUUAUCAGCAUGUCAUUGCCUCCCGCAGAUGAACUGUCUAGAUGGACAGUGAAUCAAGUAAAUACAUGGCUGAGUCAGAACAGUCUAACAGCAUUCAGGGAAGCUUUCCUGUCAGAUAGCAUUGAUGGGAGCAAACUGAUGAGGAUGAAACCAACAGAUAUUGACCAACGGUACCACAGUAUUCCACCCAAAAAAAGAAGUGUUUUAAAAGAAAUUCUUAGUAAGCUUGAUACUUCACCCCGACCAUCAGCGACUUGGAAUUCGACACCACCACUUCCACCUAGACCUAAGCCACCACCGUCUAAUCCAUCACCUGAUGAAUCAGAUGAAGAUGAUAAUGGUUGGAGUGACAGCUUUGAGACUGAUGAUGAUAGCCCUGGAGACUAUGUGGAACCCACAUCAGCACCUUCAGGCGCCGUCUCUAAUUCUUUGAACCAGAAUGCUCCCUCUAAAUCAGGAGGCAUGGACGAAUUGGAAGUCUAUGAGCAGGUAGAAGAGGAAACACAAAGUUAUGGGCUGGAUCGGAAAACCUCGCUUUUCUGUAAACUCAAAACAGCCCUCAAUCAGCGACAGCAGGUGAAACAAGAUCCCAGCAAUUCAGAUUCUGAUGGUGAAUCAUACCUUGAGCCAGUGUCCGGUCCACCUAAUGAAACUGAAGGAACACCACCUCCUAGACCUCCUAAACACUAGAAAAAACAAAUAACACUCAAUCCAAAGGUGGAGGCCAUAUGGUAAAGCCCACACCAGUUGUGGGCAGCACACCCCUACUACCUCCUGGAGGACAUCGACCACCACCACCUCGUCCAUCUGUGGAGCCAAAGGAACCAGAGGAUGUUUAUGAAGUUAUGGAAGAGGCAGCAGACAAUGUGGUGAGAUUUUUAGAGAAUGGGGAGGAAGAGUAUAUGGAGCCAGAUGCUCCAUCGCCACCAGAAAUAGCUGUUGAGAAAAGCAAACAGGCAAGAGGCAAGCUACCACCAGAACCUGCACAAGCAAGGAAAUCUUCAAGAGAAGAUCCAAAAAAGUUGUGAGAGAAGAACCUUUAAUACCCAAUGUAAGUGUUGGUUGUUGUAACAAUAUAUAUCAACAACAUUUUGGUAACACUUUCUAUUUGUGAUCAUAAAGAAUUGUGUUUGAGGAGAAGAUAAAAAAAUAUAAGGAAUGGGUGUCAGAAGCCAGCAAGAAGAGGGGGAGAAAUAGAAAUAUUCUAAUUCUUUUCAGUUGCUAAACGAAUGGGAUUUAUUAAAAAAUGAGUACUAUCUAUUCAACUUUGAAAGACAUUGCAGUUUAUUUUGCCUGUCAAACUUAAUCCAAGGUUUUAAUUUUAUUUAAAAAAUGAAAAACAUUACUUUCUCACACCAGACCAUUUCUUGUUUUAGCUACCUCAGUUUCUCCACCACGUCAGGCUAAAAAGAUCUCUAACACAACUCCACCCUCAGGUGGGUGGCUCUGUAAGUGUGGAUGUUAUUUGAUCAGCCUGCCAGCAACUUGAUAUGGAUGCAUGCUUGGAUAUGGACUGAGCACUUGCACGCUGUUUACUGCCUUCUAACCUUGAUGGCUUUCCUCCAGCUAAUAAUACUAUGAAAUUAGGCGUACAAAAGAAGAGGCUUGUAUCUCAUGUUCUGACAAGUGACAGAUCUGUCAUACAGUAUUUAUCUGUAUGCAGAAAGUGUUAUUUAAAGCAGAAAAAGCAAUAUAUUUCAAACACACCUAUGAGCAGUUACAGAGGUUAUGCCUCAGAUCCAUUGCCUUAAAAUUAUAAGCAUGUUGCAAUCAUAUUUAAGCAUAUUGUUAACCCAGAGAGCAUGCUUAUAAGCAGAGUGUACUGUGUACAUAAAAAAAUGCUUUCUUUGGUAACAUCCAAAUUACAGUGAUUCUGCUGAUGUAGAAGAGGACUGCUUGGUGACACAUGACUGGUAUAAAACUGAAAUCUUUCUACUAAAGGCUUUGUGGUGACUAAUCAGCUGUCAUAUGUCCAUGUAACUUGACUGCUAACAUUUUUUGUAUCAUUCUUGAAUAGUCAGGCUGUAUGGUUCCAAACAGGUAACUUCCUAUUAUUUAUUACCACCAGUUACAGAAAUACUGCAGGUGUUUUCAUUUGAAAUAUACAUUAAAAGCUAACCCGAGUGUAAACAUUUUUAAGUAAGUGGGUUUUAUUUGUUAUGAGAUACCAUUCCCCAAAACUCUGUGAGGUAUAAACCCUUAAAAUUACAGUUCUCAAAUAGGUUUUGUGAAGAGCUCAGCUUCCUCAGGGCCACAAUAGUGAGUUCUAUGACCAGGCAAGGCCUUGUUGGCAUAUACUCAAAGCUUUCACUUUGGUUGUGGCCUUCAUUAAUGUCUGUUAGAAUUUAGGUCAGUCUACACAUGCUUUUCUCAAUAUAACAUUCACAGCAUACUUUAUAAUAAACUUAUGACAACUGUAUAUUUCAUAGCUUUCCACAAAUGUUAACAUUAAUUUCUUGUUUGACUUCAAUAAAUCACUUCAUUGAAAAUCUAAACUGUUGUAUCUUUGGAAUUGAUACCAAAAAUUUUUUUUUAAAUUUAUGAGGUAAAUAAAGAUAUAUAUAUAUAGAAUACACAGUUUGGCUGAUUUGUAACAUUAAUGGGAUCUUGACUGAACUUAAAGUGAAGAACUGAAGGGUCAUGACUAAAGUUUCAGUCUGCUUCUAAGUUCUUGUCUGCAAUGACAACAUUGCACUUGUUUUUUUGCUUGAAUAGUAUUUUUAUUGCAUAAUUUUGCAGUCAACAGUGCCCAAGCGACUCAGGGAAGUUCCAAAAAGGAGGAUCUUUCAAGUUACCCAUGGUUCCAUGGCAACAUCAAAAGAGAAGAUGCAGAUCACAUUUUUGCACGAGAACACAUGGAAGGAAUGUUUCUGAUACGAAAGUCUGAAAGGAAGGCUGAUCAGCCAUACACUUUGGUACUCUGGCAUCAUGGCCGGAUGUGGAAUUUACCUGUUAGACUGCGUGAAGAUAAAAAAUAUGCAGCAGGCAGCAAGAAGGCAGAUGAAUCGGCAUUUGAUUCCAUAGUAGAACUUGUGGAGCACUUCAAGAUCCGCACUUUGAAUCUGAAGAGUGGUGAUGCAGGCAGGGAGACUACAGUCACACUUCGUCAGGCAGCACCAAAGCACUGAUAUUGGAAAUUCCUGCUUGUCUUGCAAAGUGGACAUGGAUUAACGAAAAAAGUGUGCAUCUUUAGAUAGUUGAAUACUGCAACAGUGAAUGUUGAAGAUCAUGUGGUUUUCUUGUUAACCCAUGAAUCCAUGUCUGUGAGAUCGAUUCUCCUUUCAUUGGCCAGAAGUAUGUAGUGUGGCUUUGGUGUAGCUAUUAGAUAGAAGUAAAUGAUUUAAAGGUUGAUAGGCAUAGAUGAUAUAUCUUCUUAGUAUCAAUAGUUUACACAGGCAUAUGCCAAAUUUCUGAAAUUUAACAGACCAGUGUCACUGAUACAAAAUGGGUCAUCAGGUUGGAGAAUCUUUGCUGCUUGAUUUUGAAUUAAUUGUGGGCUAGUUUGUGUAGUUUUUACACGUCAUUUUUUACCACAGUUCCAGUCUUCCAUGAUUGUCUCACUUUGUGCGUUAGGAUCAUAGUUUAUUUCAAUCAGGACAGAAGAAGUUCCUUUAGAAUUUCCCAUCAUGAUUAUGAUUCUGCUGUAGAUUUUUUUUACCUUUAAUUCUAGAUAUGCACUUGGAGCUGUGAAACUGUUUUUUGUUUACACAUACCCUUUUUGGUAGCCUACUUGUGGUUUUUUAAGAGCCAAAACCUGAAAUUUGCUGAUAAUUUAUCUUAUUCACUGAUCAUCAGCUUACCAUUAUCACCACUACCUCCACCAUCAUCUUUGUCAUGAAAGGUCAGAUUUUUGGAGAAGACUGAAGAUAAAGAAUUGAAACGGUGUACAAAUUUUGUCUCUCUCUUAUAUAUAUAUAUGUGCGUGUGUAUAUUUUUAAACUAAGGUAUUUCUGUGAGAACAAUACAAGAUAUAUCAAAAAGAGAUACAAGAGCUCAGUCUUGCUCAUAUUCUUAUUAACCUAUUCUACAGCACAAAACAUGUUUUGUGAAAAGCAAGAGUGUUUUUGGAUCACAGUGCAGCUGGUGAACACACUAAGCUACUUACAGGCUUGUAGAUCAGCACAAAGCUGUCAGUUGGUAGGUGAGAAUGCAGUUCAUAGCCUCCCAAAAUUGACUGUGGAUUUUUAUCCAUUGGUUGCAUACUACACCGAAUUAAGGAUACUUUGAACUGGUUCCUUUUGUAUUUUUUCUUUUUGCUUUUAUUCAUAUUUAGCCAUUAGUGAAAGACUGAUGGUAGGCUGGUCCACAGGCACGAUGUUGAGCAUAGUCAUACUAACCAUUCGUGAUUUGGGGUGGAAGGGGGGGGACUUUUGUUUUUGGUUGUUUGGACUGUGACCAGAAUAAAAAUUCUGUUUCUUCACAAUACAUGUAAAAAGAUUCAUUAUAAAUGUAAUUGCAAUAUUAUUUAAGAUUACUGAUGCUUUGCAUCAUUAAUAAAGUUACCACAGCUUUUUUCUGGCAUCUGGGGCUAGGUGCACAGUUGUUAGCUUUUAUACAUCACAUACUUGCAGGUGUGAUAUCUUCACAGUUACAGCUCAAUUUUGUCGGUAUUGAAUAAGUUAAUGUUUAGCAGUUGCUCCUUACAUGUGUUAGUAGCGACUGCUAGGUAUUGGCAUGUUUGUGCACCCUGGCCCUGUGUGCUGUUCACACUAGGUAAUUUGGCAUUGUCACAUCCGCUUUGUAUUGUACAACCAGCACUGUACAUGAAUAUUUUGACAAUUACAAGUGCUCAUUUGAUUCCAGGUUUAAUUUUUUUUAUAACUUUUUACACUGACCAUCCUUUUUAAAGUACUUAAAUGUUUAUGGAAACCAUAAAAAAGUUUUUGUUGUGCAGACAGCUUGAUGAAAGGUUAUAGUCUGUCAUGGUAAAUGCUUAUUACUUGUCUAAUCAUUGUUGCAGUUUAAAUGUAGGAUUCAUUUUAUUUUUGAGAUGUGCUAGGAUCUGUGCAAAUUCAGUUUGUUUUGUUUUUUUUCUAAAGGGUCUUACUGUGUUGGUGGGUCCAUGCAUGUGUAUGCCAGCAUACCUAAAUGGAGGGGGGGGGUGUUUGUAGCCAUUAAAAUGAAUAACAAAUUUUUCAUUUUUAACAAAUUGUUGAGACUGCUAUACUCUGAUUCAUGCUUGGUAUCUUGAGUAUAGCAAGAAAUUUAAAAUGGGUAGGAUAAGCUGUUUUCCCUAUUAUUAAGUGUGGUCUUUCAAUUCUCAAAUAGCAGUGAGUUUUACAAGAGGCUAUGGGUGUUAGAAAGAUCAUCUCUUGCUUUUAUCAAUGGAGGUUUAUUGCUUACUACCAAAGAUGUUGUCCUAUUUGUGUUUAACCACACAUGCAUGUGUGCAUGCAAAAAUGGAUUGUCAGACAUCUGGCUCAGAUUAUAUGGUUGCUGGAAAUAUAUUUUUAUUCUUUAUAUGAAUUCAUAAGAACUCAUUGGCAGUUGACAUUCUGAGUUUAUUACAGUUCCCUCCAGAGAUACAGAAAUCCAAAAAUGUUUAUUGAUAGCUGUCCCACUUUUGGUGCGUUAGCACAUGGCUGCUUUUGAAACAAAAUGGAUUUGCAGUGUGCUUCACUACUUGUAAUUUAUCUAACAAUUCAAACUCUUAAACUGGAUUUGAAAACAUAAGUUUCAAAUUUAAAAAGUCUGUGAAAGAAAAUCACAUGUACCUCACUCCCACAUUCACUUUGCUGCUUUGAUCAUAAAUUUUAUUUCAGCCUCUUUGGGUUUGAAAAAGGACAGCAUACACUUGCCUAGGAUUUUUGCAUGAGAACAAGGGCAUCCAAAGCCUAAUGUGCACACAGACCAACUGUGUGGAGCUGUACCAUACCCCUUUGAAGGAAUAAAAAGCAGCAAGAGAUAGGCAUUGUCCUAAACAAAACAAUUUGGACCUGAAAAUGCAGCCUGUAACACCUCACUCCCCAGUAAUCAAAAGGCAAAGAGACUACUCUAUUUCCUUGUUUGUAUACUUCAGCCAAGAGCCUUGAUUACAUUGCUUUGUAUUUGGUGUACUUUCAAAUCAUUUUGUUCCUCAAAUACAGUAUGAUGUGGAUUCUAGUACAGUCACAAUGCUUGUUUUGCAAGUGGGUAGAAAUGUGGGUGAGCUUACAAAAAUUGGUAGUUUUCAUUGAAUAAAUGAUUUUUACACCUGGAAAAAUAAAAUUCUCAAAAACUUCUUA